UCGAGGGUGUCAGAGUGUCAUCAGGUCACAUCAAGUGUCAUGUGUCGUUAGAGAAAGACGGAGAAGGGUACAUAUAUCUACUUCUUUCAAAGGACUAGGGUGAGAAAAAAAAUGGACUUCACAUGUGACAAAAUUUUAUGUAGGUAGUCACGUGCGCAUUAGUAACCAUUAGUAACCAAUCGGUAAACGUUUCACUUCACCGACUUCACGACGAAUGAGAUUGAGCUGUUGGUCUAAUGUUUGCUAACUUCAAAGAACGUUGAAGUGUGAAGUCAGCGAAGAGCGAUAUGCAGGUUAAUAGCAGGUUUUGAUAACAUUGUUACGUGUGUGUGUCACGAAAUAAUCUCUCUUCGUGCUGCGCUAAUGCAUUUCCGCAUAGUGUCACGUCUACUGAGAAUUAUUCAGCCCUCGAUCUACAUACAUAGCUAUACGUACAUACAUAGCUGAAACGAAAUUUAUCUUACACUCGAGAUGACGUCAACUGACGGUUGGAAGCUAAAUCGUGUUCUGGGUACUGGGGGCUUCGGAACUGUUGAGCUCUGGAUACACGUUCCAAGUGGCAAAAAGAUUGCAAUAAAAAAAUGCAAAUGGAAUUAUUCACAGUUAACGCCAAUACAACGAAAGAGAUGGGCCAACGAAGUUGAUAUAAUGAAACGCUUGAAGCAUCCAAACAUCGUAAGAACAGGAUGCAUUCCAUUUAAGCUUCCAAAUGUCGAAGAAAAUCUGCCGAUUCUCUGUAUGGAAUAUUGCAGAAAAGGAGAUUUGAGAAAAAUUUUUAAUCAACCAGAAAAUUGUUGUGGAAUUAGUGAAACAGAAGCAAUCAAAGUAAUGAGUGAGAUCUCAUCAGCUGUGGAAUAUUUACAUUUCCAUAACAUAACUCAUCGAGAUUUAAAGCCAGAGAACAUAAUUUUACAAGAUGAACAGAAUGUGAUCUCAUAUAAAUUAAUAGAUCUCGGAUAUGCCAAAGAACUUGGGGAAGCAAGUACAUCUGCUUCUUUAGUUGGCACACUAAAUUACGUUGCUCCAGAACUUCUUUGGGGAGAAAAAUAUAGUUGCUCUGUCGAUUACUGGAGCUUAGGAAUAUUGUUUUAUGAACUUGUAACUGGAACAAGACCAUUUUUACCAACAAUGCAACAUACUAUGGAAUGGAUGAAAUACAUUAAGAAUAAGAGUUAUGAUGAUAUUCACGCUUAUGAGUCAGAAGGGAGAGUCAUUUUUGGGAAAGAUAUUCAAAAUCCAACUCAUUUAUCGGAUUGUCUUCGAAACAAAAUAGUCCAAUGGUUCAGGCUAGUUUUACAAUGGGAUCCACAUAAAAGAGGUAAAAUGCUCGACGAAUUUGGUAUGUCUCAUUUAGCAGUAUUUACAAUGUUGCAACGUGCAUUAUCAAACAAAAUACUAUAUGUCUUCUGUACGCCAUUUUACAAAAUUAAUACAUAUGAAAUUGAUAGCAGUAUUACUCUCAGAGAUCUUCAGUUGUUAAUAGAAAGAGAUACUAAUAUUGAAAUUAAGCAUCAAGUGUUAACUGACUACAAAGGUGCAAUACUGACUGAAAGUACUGCAUCACUUGCGUCACAAAUUAAUGAUCAUGUUUUCUUUCUCUUCAAAAAUGGAUGUUUGAUAGAAGAUAUACCUACAUUAAGUAUUCCUACAGCAGUGGAGAAAAUGAUGACACAAUCAAAAAAUGAGUUGAAUUAUGAAAUACUGAAAGAUUAUUAUCGCCAUACAAUAUAUUUUACGAAAAAAGAAAAGGAUUUAUUUCAAUUGUACAUUUUUGCGCUUAGUAUAAAUGUAGACUUAUUACAUCAAAAAAUCGAUAUGUUUAAUACGAACAUGGAGAAGACAUUGGAAAAUAUAAAGAUUCUUAUAGAACAAGUACAUACGAUUCGUAUGAAAUAUAUGAACGUGACGGAUGAAGACACAACUGAUAAAAGAAAAGUGCAAAUUUAUUUUGACAAAGUUAAUAAAUUGGUUAGUGCAGCAGAUCAGAUAAAGAUGAAGUUUAUGUCUCUGAAGGAAGAUAAUAAUAGAUUGAGAGAUCGAGCUCAAGCUAUUGAUUAUAUGGGGAAUUUAUCAGAGUUGUAUGAUAAGAUAUGUGAUAUAUAUCUAAAAUUCAAGAUAAAAAGUCUACAUAAAACAGCAAAGCCAUUGGACAUGUCGAAAUUAGUGUUUUCAUUUGUGACUGCGCGUGAAACGCAACUUCGUAAUAAAAAUAUCAUUGAUAUUACAAGGCUAAUAGAUAAAUUGCAAGAUGAACUGUCAAAACUAGAAAAAGUAUUUAUUUCUGUCACUGCCAUGACGAAAUUAUAUUGGGAAGAAUAUCAAAGAAUCACACAAUCGGACACUAAUAGUGCCUCUCAGCAGUCUAACAACUAUCAAUCUUUAAAUAUCUCUACCACUGAAUUAGAUAGUGUUAUUCAAUCAGAGGAUAAUGUGAUAUAUGAUAAUUUGAUCACACGUUACAUGUUGGACAAUUUGAUGACUCAAAUACAAAAAAAAUAUCUUGAAGUGGUUAAAUUGGACCCGUGAUUAAAGAUAGCGCUCACAUCUGUAUUAAUCCGUCAUAUAUUCAAUUCUUGAAGUCUGUUUAUCUUAAUGUACGUGGAACGUAAUGCCGUACACCCCAUUUAAUAUUGGCAUGUUUAUCAGUCUUAACAAACGUAUAGACAGGCUUGUUCAACAGUUGCUCCAAUUUUACUGCUUGAUAUCUAUCGUUCUGACCUGUUUAGAAAAAUUUGUUAAAAUAUAAAGUACUUUUAUAACUGUAAUUUUUAUAAAAAGAGACUGACCUUGCAAUCAUUUUACACACACGCGCAAUAUAUACUAGAUAUAUAAAAAUUAAUUUUUAUAAAUAUUUUAGAAAAAUAAAAUAAAUAAAAUAAAUAAAUAUAAAUAUUCUUAUUUAGCUUAAUACACAAUGUGAAUACAGAUGUGAAUAGCUUAUACGUGCGAAAUAAUUUUAUUGUUAUUUGACGUUGAUAUAUUUUUUCUUAGACAAUAACUUACCCCUUUCAAGCGCAACAACCAUAAUACUUAGGGAAAGGUAGAGUAUAAAAUAGAUUUUAAGUAUCUGAAAUACAGUUGUGAUAUCUAAUGUAGACGAUGGAUAUCUAUUGUAUAAAAAAAAAAAAAAAAAAUGAAAUGUACUCACUUGCAUUGCACGAAAUAUUACACUCAUCGUUCUCAUUGUUACCAUAUGUCAGAUAUCUAUCUAGUUGUCGAUAUUCAUUCAGACUGUCUUUGUGAUGGAUCGGCGAAUACUUUAAAUUUAUAGUGUCUAUGAUAAAAAGUGCAACGGUUGAAUGAUCUUUUGUGUGCUUUAUAUGUGUAUGUGUGUAGCUUAAAUAUCUUUUACUACUUUCGCUUAACCCAGAUUUUAUGAUACCUGUUACUUUUGUAUACUGUUAUAGUCGUUGAAGAACACGUUCGGUCAACGAUUCUAACAAGAGAUGUAUUUUAAUAUGGAUAGAUACAAUAUUUUUUUAUACUCAUAUAUUUUAUUAGAAAACUGUAUACAGAUCUCAAUUAAGGAUUGAACACAUCCAAAUUGAGGAUUGAACAACGAUGUUAAAAUAAAUAUUAUGCUCUUUA